UUUUCAGCAGCAACGCUCGAGUGGAGGCCACGUGUUUGCAGACGGACCAGAACCAGAACCAGGAGAUGGACCAGAACCAGAACCAGAACCAGGAUUCCUCAUCCAGCAGGACUAAAGCUGCUGGUCUGCAGAAUCCUAAAGGAAGACCCAAAAGAUACAGCUGUGAUCGUUGCGAGCAAGUCUUCACCACUUCAUCAAACCUGAAGAUCCAUAAGAAAACUCACACUGGUGAUGAACUGUACAGCUAUGAUCACUGCGGGGUGGCUUUUACCCGACAAUUUGAUCUAAUAAACCACCAACGUAUUCACACUGGAGGAGACAAGCCUUACAGGUGUGAUCAGUGUGGAGCGGCUUUUGCCCAACAAGGUGCUCUAAAGAGUCACCAACGCAUUCACACUGGAGACAAGCCUUACAGGUGUGAUCAGUGUGGAGCGGCUUUUGCCCAACAAGGUUCUCUAACGAGUCACCAACGCAUUCACACUGGAGACAAGCCUUACAGGUGUGAUCAGUGUGGAGUGGCUUUUGCCCAGCAAAGUCACCUAACGACUCACCAACGCAUUCACACUGGAGAAAAGCCUUACAGGUGUGAUCAGUGUGGAGCGGCUUUUGCCAGGGAAAGUCACCUAACGACUCACCAACGCAUUCACACUGGACACAAGCCUUACAUAUGUGGUCAGUGUGGAGCGGCUUUUGCCCAUCAAGGUGCUCUAACGAGUCACCAACGCAUUCACACUGGAUUCAAGCCUUACAGAUGUGGUCAGUGUGGAGCGGCUUUUGCCGAGCAAGGUGUUCUAACGAGACAUCAACAUAUUCACACUGGAGAGAAGCCUUACAAGUGUGAUCAGUGUCAAGCGGCUUUUGCCCGACAAGGUUCGCUAACGAGACAUCAACGUAUUCACACUGGAUUCAAGCCUUACAGAUGUGGUCAGUGUGGAGCGGCUUUUGCCGAGCAAGGUGAUCUAACGAGACAUCAACGUAUUCACACUGGAUUCAAGCCUUACAGGUGUGAUCAGUGUGGAGCGGCUUUUGCCCAACGAAGUUCUCUAACGACUCACCAACGCAUUCACACUGGAGACAAGCCUUACAGGUGUGAUCAGUGUGGAGCGGCUUUUACCCAACAAGGUUCUCUAACGAGUCACCAACGUAUUCACACUGGAGACAAGCCUUACAGGUGUGAUCAGUGUGGAGCGGCUUUUGCCCACCAAAGUUCUCUAACGACUCACCAACGCAUUCACACUGGAGACAAGCCUUACAGGUGUGAUCAGUGUGGAGCGGCUUUUACCCACCAAAGUUCUCUAACGACUCACCAACGCAUUCACACUGGAGACAAGCCUUACAGCUGUGAUCAGUGUGGAGUACGUUUUGCCACAUCAAGUAAUCUAAGAAGUCACCAGCGUAUUCACACUGGAUGAAGUGUAAAGUGUACAUUUGUGAUCAUUGCUGAUUAAUUUUAACAUUGGUUAAAUUAUAAUGCAACAGCAGUUCAGUACCAGUGCAGUACACUUGUAAUGUCAGUGCAAUACCGGUUCAGUUCCAAUGCAGUACCUUUUCUGUACUUGUUAGGGUUUGACAUUUCAUGUUGACAUUUCCUGUUUUAUUUUGAAGCCCAUGUCCUUGUGUUUAGGUUCUUGUCUGACCUUCCUGUUCCCAUCUGCCCGGAUCGUCUGCACCUGUAUCUCCUUAACCUUUGUGUAUAUCUGGUCUUGUCUUUCCCCUGCUCCUUGCUGGUCCGUAUUGUUUUGCCCUCCAUAAUAAUAAUAAUAAUAAUAAUAAUAAUAACCUUUAUUUAACCAGGUAAGACUCAUUGAGAUUAAAAAUCUCUUUUCCAAGAGCGACCUGGCCAAGAGGGCAGCAUAAGUUACAACAGAAAACACAACAAAAAACAACAAACAGCAAUCACACACUGUAGUCAGGAACACAAAUUACAUACAACAUAAACGGGUCCAUAUAAUUUGAAAACUUUUUGGCACCAUUUGAAUUAAAAACAAGCACAUUGCCCGAGAGAACUAGUUUCUCGAUCCUUUAAAAUUGAUCGAAAUUCCCCCAGAGUGAUCAGUUGAGGUAAUCUCAGAUCGUUCUGUAUGUCAUUCCAUGACCGGGGAGCAGCGUAACCGAAGGCUUUUUUCCCAAGUUCAGUGUUGGCUCUAGGAACGAACAUGCGCAGAACGUCCUGUGAGCGUAAACUGUAAGGAUUAGAGACUCUAGACAUGUAAGAACAUAAAUAAGAGGGAACCAGCCCAAGAAGAGAUUUAUAAAUGAACGCUAACCAUCGAGAAAGUCUGCGGGCAGAUAGAGACGGACAAUUUGCAGUCCAUGUUUUUCCCAUCAGGUUUUGUCAUAGUUUUGGAUUCUGGUUCACAGUUUGGUUUUUGUAUCCUGCUUAACAGCGUUUUUGGUUCUGUUUUUAAGUUAAUAAAUCACAGUUUUUGGGAACUCCUGCCUCCUGCUCUCCUGCAUCUGGGUCCUCACUACAACAUCCUGACAGUACCAGUGCAACCCCAGUGUUACACCAAUUCAAUUUUAUUUGUUGACAGGGACUGUAAAUAUUAAUAAACACAUGUAAAUAUGCUGGUUGUGGCCAGAGGCUAAUUUCCACCAUCCGUCCCCGCGGCAAAUUAAUACCAGACACAGAAUCGGACACCAGCAGACAAAGGAGACGAGAUAUGACAUUCAUACCAACAAAAACAAAACAUUAAAAGGCACGACUGAACUAGAUAAAAAUCAUUAAGGAAUAAAACAUGUUACAAUUGAUACCAGCAAUUAAGUGGCCGUCAUGUUUAAAGUGCAGGAGUUUGUUAAAUGUUGAUGCAGAUUGCAGGUCGCCCCAUUGCUUCUCUAAUGCUCAGAGUUGUGAAGUGCUAAUG